AACACUAAUCCUCCCUUAUCUCAAACUCCAAAAUCUUCUUUAAAAGCAACCCUAUUUUCAAUUUCAAGAAACAAAAUCUUGAAACAAGAAAAGAAGAUUCAAUCACCAUGUUAACCAACAACCACCCCCAAUCACCACCAUCUCAACAACACCACCUUAUCACCACCACCACCUCCGAUGAAGCUGACAUCAAGAAAGAACCCAAAACCACCACCAAUGAUGGUGAGGUGGUCCGGAGACCUAGAGGCCGUCCACCCGGAACCAAAAACAAACCCAAAUCAUCAGUUUCUGUUACCCGCCAACCCGACCCAUACCCGUGUAUGUCUUCAUACGUGUUAGAGAUUGAGGCUGGUUCGGAUAUAAUUGCUUCACUUAAGCAGUUCUGCAACCUCCGGAAAAUCGGUCUUUGUGUGUUGUCGGGCUCGGGUUGUGUUUCCAACGUGGCCUUUCGACUGCCAACUUGUUCUCCUCAAACGUUACAUGGUUGUUACUCUUUGUUAGCGAUAUCUGCCACCGUAUUUCCGUCGUCUUUUCCUAUUUCCACCAUCCUAACACCGCCUUCUGCCAAUAAUGAUUUUCUAGCCAAGUUUGUUGUAUCAAUAGUGGAUCAAAAUGGCAAGACAUGUGGUGGAGCUGUAGUUGGGCCACUCAUAGCCGCAGGAACAGUUUACAUUGUAGCAGCAACAUGUAACAACCCAAUCUACUACCGGUUACCAAAGGAAGAUUAUAAUAAUAAUAAUCACAUAAUGAGUCCCGAAUACGGCUAUGUUCCUGUACCAAUAGAUCAAUCUCUAGGUUUAGGCAAUGUUGCUAGUGGACAGCAUCAUGCAGCACAGCUGCAGCCAGUUGCGGUCGAGCCAUUGUCAAUGUAUGGCGGCCGUCACCUCGCUGCCGACUUUGGAUGGCCGCCUACACCGCGAAAAAAUUCAUCACAUUAUUAGAGAAUAACAAACAAAUUAAUGGAUGGUUUUCAUGAGGUUGGAUUUUAUCAUUUUU